CGCGGAGCUGGGGCGGGGCGGGUUCUGCGCUAUGACCAGCCUCAGCUACAGCUGCAUCGCCAACGGUCGCACCGUGCUCGCCGAGCUCAGCCUGCGGGGGGGCUGCUUCCGGGAUGCUGCUUCAUCAGUGGUAAAUUUAGUUCUUCACAAAGGCUUGAAAAAAACCACAGCUCACAUUGGAAGCUUUGUGUACCAUGCUCUGCUAGUUAAUGGAAUUACGUACCUAUGUGCUACAAACAACACAUUAGACAGCACAGGACCAUUUGCCUUUCUUAAAGAGAUUUGCAAAGCUUUCAUUGGUAGCCCCUUGAUAUCGCAAGUGACCUUUGCCCAUCCUUUUGAAUUCAACGCAGAUUUUCAACAGGUGCUGGGGAAAUACAUGAUGGAGUACAAUAGGAGGUCAGAUGACAUUACAGUUUCUACCCUGCAAAUUCAAGUUGAUGAUGUCAAAAAUGUUAUGUUCCAAAAUGUUAAUAAGGUUUUGGAAAGAGAAGAAAAGCUGAGUGACCUUAGUGACAGAGCAGAUGAUCUCCAAAUGGCGGCUCAUUCUUUCCAAAAAAACGCCACAAAGAUUUCCAGGAAGAUGUGGUGGAAAAAUGCCAAAAUGAUGAUAAUUAUUGGAGUCCUUCUACUUAUUAUUUUAAUAUUUAUCAUUCUCCUAGCUACAGGUGUUAUUCCAACAUAAACUUUUGAUUUUUUUUUGCCAAGCACAAAAAUUUUAUAAAUUGUAUUUAAAAAUUAUUUUAGAGGACAAAUAUUUACAUUGUCAUUUUGUAUAUUGUUCAAGAACUACUGAACCAUUAACACCUGGUUGCUUGCAUGUAAUCUACUACAGUAUUUUCUCCACUCUUGAUGUAGUGAAACAGCUGCAGAGAAGUUAAGUGAUGUUUAAACCACCGGCUGUAAUAACGGAUUGCUUACCUAUCUCACAUGCAUACAUGAGUAACUGAGAAUUUUGAACGUAUAAGUGUCAUAACUCUUAUAUUAUAGCUAUAUUUUCCAGCGCUAAAGGAACAUGCAUAUUAAAAAAAGGAAUUGCAGUAACUGUUUUUCUUCCCCUGUCCCCACUUAUUGUCUAGCACCCGAAGUGAAGAGUUGAAAAUAAAGGUCAUGUAUAUGGUUCUCUUCUUA